UCCGGAACCAUUCCUUUUGAGUUUCGCCGUCGCUUACGCGCCAUGUCGGAAAGCGAUUCUGACGAUAGUAGAUCCACUUGGGUUCCUUAUAGGGACCGGGAAGAGUGGAAAGAUGUAAUUCCUGUCCCCCAGGACGACGGCCCCGCCCCUGUGGUACAGAUUGCAUACUCUGACGACUUUCAGGAUGUGUAUGACUAUUUCCGUGCAGUCAUUGACAAGGAGGAGAUUAGCGAUAGAGCCCUGGAAUUAACUAAAGAUGCAGCACGACUGAAUGCAGCCAACUACACAGUGUGGCACUACAGAAGAAUUCUUCUAAAAGAAUUGAAGAAAGAUCUAAAGGAAGAGUUGAAGUACAUUACCGACAUGAUCCUCUCGCAUCCUAAGAACUACCAAGUAUGGCAUCAUCGCCAGGUCAUUGUGGACUGGCUACGUGAUCCAGCCAAUGAACUCGAGUUUACAGCCAAGAUUCUGAAGAAGGAUGCCAAAAACUACCAUUGCUGGCAAUACAGACAGUGGGUGUUACGGGAGUUCGGGUUGUGGGAUCAGGAGUUGGCCUACAUUGACACUCUCCUAAAGGAAGACCUGCGGAACAACUCGGCCUGGAAUCAGCGGUACUUCGUGGUCAGUAACACCACAGGCUUCACCGAACAGGUGGUCAACCAGGAAGUCGAAUAUACCCAGGAGUUUAUUAAGAAGGCACCAAACAAUGAAAGUGCAUGGAACUAUUUAAAAGGGGUGCUGAUGGACUUUGAGCUACACAAGUACCCGGGCCUGCUUGACUUUUGCCAGCAGCUGUACGACGAGCGCUACAGGUCGCCAUACCUGAUCGCGUGCAUGAUUGACACAUAUGAGGAGAUGCUGGAACAGAACUGUGGAGAACAAAGGGAGGUUCUAGAGAAAGCUGUAUCGCUAUGUAGAUCCUUGGCGGAGGAAUACGAUACCAUCCGGUCAGAAUACUGGAACUUCUUAUCUCGGAUACUGUCCAGUAAAUACGGGAGUGAAAACGCAGUACAGACAUCGUCAUGACAAUAACUCCCCCAGAAUUUCGGGGAAAAUGUCUGACGUAUAAAACUGUGACAAAGGACAAUAAUUUUUUUUUUAAAAAGGCGUCAUCAUUGUGAGUCUGCAUGUAGUCUACUCCUGCUGCCAGCCAUUGUACCAGAUGUCCUGUAACUGCCCCACUGCUUGUGUUAUUGUUCAUUUUGUCUAGAACACGCAGGGAUUUUCUUAACCGCGAUAUGUAAUAGUUUACUAGAUGUAAAUGUGUAUGUUGUAGUAGUAUUGAAAUAAUUUAUAAGUGGAACUUAAAAGAUGCAAUGAAGUCCUUUUUAUAAAAGUUUGUUUUAUUUGAGAAAAAUUUGAGCCUUCUAUGGCACAUUAAGUUGAACUAGCAGUAGGUGUGCCACUUUUAAGGUGUGAUCCUGAAUAAACUAGGAUUCCGAAGAUAAAUAUGCCCGAAGUACAUGCAAGCCUCUCAAGAAUUUAUGAUUUUACUCUCAAUAUAGUAAAUGUGGAUUGAGGAGGUGUGGUGCUACCUCGAGAGUUUACCUCCAAUUAAUCUGGUCAUUACAUACAGCACACAUACCUGAACCUUUUUGCAGGGAUACUUUUAUAGAUUAAGCAAAAUUAUGUUUACGAGUAAAAUGUAAAUCAAGAACAUCUAAUUAAUUGUAGAUUAUGUGGUGACCUGCAAAAAAAAAAUGCUGUUUUCAAAAUGUUGAUACAGUGGAUCAUGAUUUAUUAAGAACAUUGGUUGUUUUUUUUUUAUUCUGGAUUACUUCCAUUUUGACAACGUUGUGUUCUUCUUUAAUAUCAGAGGCUCUUUGUUUCAAUGAUAACAUGAAAUGUGAUUCAGAAUUAGGGAAUAUAUUUGUAGAUUUAAUAAAACAGGAAUGUUCGAGUAUAAAUCUGUUAAGAUUUUGCAUUCCCAUUUAUAUUUCAAAGCAGGGCAUUAUAUAUAGACAUCUUACGUGUGUGCAGAUGAAUAUUCUUGGUUUUUUAGGGGUUUUUUUUUGGUACAGUUAAGCCUGGCUUGAACAAACAGAUAAAAAGGAAAGGAAACACAAUUUUUAGUGAUAUAAGUUGUUAAAAGACAUUGCUGAUGAAAUUUAAUAUUGUCAUUAGACUUGAAGUUGAAGUGUCAAAUUACAAAACUGUUCAAAUUAUAGACAGGUUUAGCGGUAAAAGUAAAAUGUACUAGUAAUAGACAAUUUGUGUGACUUUUCUUUUUGAAACUGUAAUCAUGUAAUUGUAUACAUUCCACCAUGCCCCACUAUCCCCCUUUUGGAACCCCUCGGGUAUCUUUGAAUGAACCCAAGGAGUUCCAAUUUUUACAACCCUUCCUUGAUUGACAAUAUUUAAUGGCUUUGAUAACAAGCAGCCCAGCAGAUACAAUUAAUACCAAUCAGAAGCAUUGUGUGUUAACCUUUAAGAGAAUCCAUUUUUAGCACAUUUGAAAUAAAAUGUGAAGAAAAUACCAAG